AUGAUCUUCAAGAAUCGGAGGCCUACAGAACCGGUACUUAAACGGAGAGGCAUUUCUGAAAAUAAUAUCUUAACAAAGCUGCCAACAUUUGAGCCAUCAAAGUAUGGCCAUAUUAAUAUUCCCUUAAGAAAGAAACGAGGAAUCGCUCUCCAUCCUUUGCAAUGGGCAUCGUAUCUCUGGCCAAACGCAGAAGUUCCAUAUGAUAUAGCCACCCAUUACACUUCCACUGAAAAAUCAAUAAUUCUAUCUGCAAUGGAAGCAUUCAAAAAUGUCACCUGUGUCAGGUUCCGUCCCCGUGCUGCAACUGACAAGCAUUAUCUUCAAAUUAAUAAGUACUUUAACGUAGAACGCUGCUUUUCCUAUAUAGGCCGUCAAAGCAGCCGCACGCUUUUUGGAACUCCUGAAGGAAACGUCGAGACCCGAAUGAGACUCGAUCCCGCAUGCCUUCGCGGCAAUGGACGUGGAAUUGUGAUGCAUGAGUUGAUGCACAUCCUAGGAUUCUACCACGAGCAUCAGAGAGACGAUCGGGACCGUCGCAUCGUUGGAUCAGCUGUGCAUUAUAAUUUCAAGAUCUAUCGCCGUGCCAAGACAUUAUAUAUGGGCGCUUACGAUGCCAAUUCAAUUAUGCACUACAACUUCCAAAAUCUUCCUUGGCAGAGGAGAGAUCAUUUUUCGACGUCGGAUAUUAUUAACAUAAAUACUUUUUACAAGUGCAAGAACCUAUUGAGCAGUAAACUUGCUCCGAAAGUCCCUAUUAGUCCUACUUCAACUAGUACUACAGCCAUUACUACAACAAAUACUACUACCACUAAAUUAUGA